AUGUAUAAAAAGGGCGAUCAGCAGGGUUCAUAUAGAACCAGUAAGUCAUCAUCUGAUUCUUUCAGCUUUCUUCUCCGUAAUAAUGACUUCACGAGCGCGAAUGAAAGACGCAGAGCUAGUCUACCUGCACCAGAUUCAUUGGAGGUCUUCAACGCCAGUAGGACUGGUGAAGAUAUCACCAAUGUUGCUGCCGAAAACCAUCGAGGUAGGCAUCUCGGUAGAGAUACGUUGAAUACCAGUGGUAACCACUCCAAUUACGGUAGCGGGGAACCACGGCAAUCCAUGCGUAAUACUAUCCGUGAUAACCAGAGUCGUGAUUCAACUCGAGGCAACGACUACCAGCGAUGGCAAGAUCGUGAGUGCUUACGAAUCACCAAUAGCAGUAGUUCCCAUGUAACUAUGGAGCGCCGUGGCGGUCUGACUUGGAUAAAAAGCCCCAAUGGCUUACUAGUACCUUGCAUUGAAAAUACCUGGCUGAAACACAUGAUAACAACCCUCCUUGGCGACUCCAAAGCACUGUCCAAAUUUUUUAAAACCCUGCAACAAUGUCUGGAAGAAGCAGUGUUGUUUCUGUACAGAGAAGGUAUAAAACCAUACUUGGGUGACGUAGCCAACCAAAUGAAGCGUUCAAUUGCAGACAACUUUUGGAGUGCUUCUGAGGUGGCGUUUGUUUCGCUGCACUGUCGCGAUACUGUAGACCUUAAGAUAGAGCUUCGAGUAAAAGGGGAGAUGGGGUGGGUGGUGUAUUUGCGCAAUGAUCCGCCUGGUUUCUUGGGGUUCGUUGACACGCACAGCACGGUAGACACGUACUCCAACUAUCACUGGCGAGCGCUAAACAAGUUCGCUGUAGAGAUUAUGACUUCAGACAACGCACCAGUAAGAUCAGAUUCCGAAGAGCACGAGAAUCCUUUAGCCUUUGCAGGAGGACGUUAUGCGUUUGCUGAACGCUUGCGAGAGAGGGUGUACGCAUUCCGAUCGAUGCGUCUAGGCGAAGUGGUCCACCUGGUACAGCUGGCCAUAUACAGUGGCGUGUUUGUGUACGCGCAACGUAUUCUGCUGCCCGUAACAGCCUGUGAAAAGACAGCCGAAGAGAUGUUCCCGCGAGUGAAGAGGGUUCGUCACCCUAUAUGUUCAUCGCUGGAGGAGGUACGUCGCAUCGUUUCUCUGCUGGUCGACCACCGUAAAAACGGUCUCGUAUUGGCACAGCUCAAACAACAGUUUAUGAUGCAGUUUAACAAGGAACUGAACCCCAUUACGUUUGGUUUCCGCAAGUUACAGAACCUUCUCCUUUCAGAUUACUUUAAUCGUCAGUACCAGCUGUUUGUGCCGAUAGACAGCCCUCAUCGCACGCACAUUCAGCACCGCAAGUAUACCAUUCCUGUGGGUUGUCGCCCAUUUCAGCAGUCCAAGAUUCAUUUUGACGCUGAUAAAUUUUGGUCGCCGCUUGACGAGUGGUACGAUGAACCUUGUGAUGCUCUGAAUGACCUCCCUGCCAACAUCCUCGCGGCUCUUGAGGACGUUUUGGAUGGCGAUGAGGGUUAUGCCUGCAAGCGCGUCCAUCACUAUUCGUCAUUGACAGAUGAGUGUAGUAUUGAUGAUGACACUAGUACUGAUGCCCCAGCUUCAAAUUGUGUAUCAGGUCGUGGCAUGACAUACCGCAAUGCCGUAGUUGGAAUAGGAGCACCUUCCGCGAGUACAUUUGAAGAAGAUCCGUACCGCUCCAAAUCUAUAUAG